UUAUGUAACUUCGGUGAAUAUAGCUUAUAUAGCUCAGAAUUUACUGUCGUGCGGCCAGCGACAGGUAAAAGAUGUUGACGUUCUACUAAAAUAUCCACACAAAGACAUUAAACUGAUCGUUCUUCCCGGCGUUGAUGGAGUAAGUCGGAUGUAACAAGGGGAAAGCAACAUCUCUCGGACUGAAGCAGUGAGAGCGUCACUUUUUUCACCCCAACAAAGACUGAGAUGUGUACGACAACGGACAAUUUCCUGAAACUGGAUUCCUUUAUUGCUCAUGAAAAAGUCUCCAUGUCGCGUUAAAAGGUUGUGUUGGCUGCUCCAGUACUAUUCCCGAGAACCUUGUUUGUAAACGAUACUUGACCUUCCUCAGCUUGCCACACAGGCUUCUGUUAUAUAAAGGACUGCACGCAUUCAUAUUUCACUGUGGUUUUACAUGGAAAAAGUCCGUGUGCCAUGGAGCAGCUGGAGUGUCCCAUAUGCCUGUUUGUUCUGUGUGAACCGGUAACGGUGAGUUGCGGACACUCGUUCUGCCGCCGGUGCCUUACAGGAAUCUGUGUACCGUCCAGAUGCCCAGUCUGCUUGGAGAGACUAAAGCAGAGGGAGGUAAAAAACACAAAAAACAACGUUUUGCUCUUCUGUAUAAUUGAGAAAUAUUGCCCUGAGGAAACCAAGACAAGAUGCGAAAUACAGGAGACGCUGACGGCUCGCGACUUUACGAAAGCACUACGGAUGGUUGAAGACAGGAUAGAGGCAGGUAAAGUUUUUGAUGAUUUGAGAAUGAAAGCAUGGAGGGCAGAGGCCAACAUAGGGCUCCGGCGCUUUUCCGAAGCUCUCCGUGACCUGGAAGAUUUGUGCUCUGCCAGGCCCAACUGGGCUGAGGCUUUCUUCCAAAAAGGGAAUGUGCUGCUGGAGAUGGGGAGACUGACUGAAGCUCUCAUGCAGUUCCAUGACUGUCUAAAACAACAACCUGAAUUUGCUGCUGCUAAGAACAAGAUUAGGAAGAUCUUGGAGAUGGAGGGUAUGCCCACACCAGAAGAGGUGCCCCAGAUCCUGCAAAUUGUGAAUGACUAUCUUAGAAACUGCAGUUCACAAACUAAUACUUUUGAUUAUUCAAGAACUGAGGGCCUGAAGUUACCCUGGAACCAACUGGACAAGAAGUUUUACUGCGAGCAGCAGACUACAUCUCAAGUCAAGCACAACUCCAGUACUGAGUGCUGCUUUAGCCUGUGCCAGCCUGUGUCUUUCCUUUCCACAGCCCAAGAGAGUGAGGAGGUGAUGGUAAAGAAGGAGGAUAUACAGAUGAGAGUGGACUGGCAGACAUCCCCCCUGACUGUAUCUGACUUUGAGUGCCCCCUCUGCAUCAGGCUGUUUUAUGAUCCAGUUACAACACCAUGUGGCCACACAUUCUGCAAGAACUGUAUUGAGAGAAGUCUUGACCAUAACCUCCGCUGUCCACUCUGUAAACAAGCGCUACAGGAAUAUUUCAAGAAUAGGAAGUACAACCCCACGGUUCUGCUGCAGGAGAUUAUUACCCGACUCUUCCCCCAGCAGCUGGCUGAGAGGAAACAGGUGCAUGAUGCUGAGAUGGCUGAGCUUUCCAAUUUGACCAAAGACAUUCCAAUCUUUGUGUGUACUGUGGCCUGCCCUGGUAUACCAUGCCCACUGCAUGUUUUUGAGCCACGCUACAGGCUGAUGAUGCGUCGAUGCAUAGAGACCGGCACCAAGAAAUUUGGCAUGUGCAGCUAUGAGCACGGCAAAGGGUUUGCAGAUUUUGGCUGCAUGCUGGAGAUUCUGGACCAGAAUGUGCUCCCUGAUGGCCGCUCUUACGUCGAAACAGUAGGAGGAAGCCGAUUCCGUGUGCUCCGGAGAGGCCAGCGGGAUGGCUACCACACAGCAGACAUUGAGUACCUGCAAGACCAGAAGGCACAUGAUGCUGAGCUUGAAAUGCUGGAACGCCUCCAUGACAGUGUGUAUCAGCAGGCCAGGGAGUGGUACCAACGACUCAAUAGCCGCAUCCGGGAGCAGAUCAACCACCAGUAUGGAGACAUGCCUGAGAGAGAGGAUAACAUUCAGGCAUCUGCUGAUGGUCCAGCCUGGUGCUGGUGGCUGUUAUCUGUGCUCCAGUUAGAUCCAGCCUAUCAGACAACAGUUCUGUCUCUUACCUCACUGAAGGAUCGAUUAGGACAUCUGCGCAUUGUGUUGGAGUACUUUUCUCAGAGAUAGGGGAGACACACACACACUGAGGACCUUCCAAUUACAUAAUUUGUAAUGCAGCUUAUGAAUGCUAUGCCCACACAUAACCAAAAGGAAACAUUUAGGCUCUUAUAGCUUUUUAUAUAAAAGCUGUAGUUUUAAAACACACACACACACACACACACACACACACACACACACACACACACACACACACACACACACACACACCUUUGUGUCCUUCUUGGACUGCCUUAGAGAAAGAGAACAUUUUUGCUGUAUUGUAUUUUUGCUAUAUGUGGUACAUAUGAAGCUUAUAGGACGAAGAAAGGCCAUGUUUACUAUUAGCAUAUUGGGUUUUAGCAUGGCAUUUGUUUAUAUUUAGGGGGAAAUUAAAUGUUUAUAUUAGAAAGAAUUGUGAGCAGGUGCAAAAAAAUUCUAUUUAUUGCAAACAAUAGCAAUAAUUGCAGGAGUGGGCUUUAUUGGUCAGAAUUUCUUUGGGAUGCCGGGAGUGGGAUUAAAUAAACAAAACCCUGUACAACUAUAAUUCACACUGGACGAAUAUAUACAGGAAUAGAGUGUGAAGGAAUCAUUAAUGCUUGCCAAUCGAAAAAGCUAAAAACUUGACCAUGUACAUACAUCAUUUUAGAAGUCUUGACUCAAAUAUGUGAUACCCUUUGAAAAAUGAGAUGUCACCUGCUGCAAGAAUGCAUUCUUAUGUAUUUAUGUGUAGUGACAUUCUUAUUAGAAUUGAACUGUCAAAAUAUGUUAAUUUUUAAUGCUGAAUCCUAAAUAAAUUCUCAUAAAGUA